UGUUAUUGCUUGCUUGGUGGCGAGAGAGCGGUGCAUUUGUCGUGCAUUGUUAACUUUGAUGGUAAUGAAAGGUUAGAAGGCGCGGUCGCGAUGGACUCGCGUGCGUCUGUACUGCUGUUGGAGUUAAUAAUGCUGUGGAGCGCCAUAUUAUCUGAAUAUGGAAGGUCGCAAUCCAAGGACGAGACCACGAUGAGUCUGGUGUUGAAGGAGAAAAAGAAACGUUUCCAAUUUAAAUACAACCCUAAUAAAGGCUACGAGCCGUACUGGGUGGGCGGCGAGCACAUACUGACCAGCACCACGCCGGGCCGCGGCACCACCACCACGACACCGCCCCCCAUCUGCAACUACGACUGCAACUACAUCUACCAGAAGAUAACUGCCGUCUGUGCGGUCUACAUCGACGCUCUGCCCAAGGUUGUGUGUGGCGCGUGCACUGGGAAACCUGGGGGUAAUUUAGAAUAUGACAUAACGAAAGCUUAUUACACUAUGAAAUAUUGUGAUUUCCUUGCUGUACAGUGUAAGCAAGAUAUUCUUGGUAAAGCACGAAUUAUGUAUGUUCAUUUCGGCGCGUGUAAAACUGAUAAGGAAAUAAACAAGCCACUGUGGGAGCCUUCGCAAGUAGUCAGCAGAAUGCAGUGGUACCUGAAUAGCUUUGACAAACAAGAAGAUCCACUCAUAACGAAGGCGAUGACGACGCCGAAGAGGAAGAAACAGAAGUCAUCAGACAAAAAAUCCUAAAAUUGUAUAGAUUUAGUAUUAUAAAAUACUAGCGGACCCGACAGACGUUGUCCUGUCUACACGUCUUUAAUUUGAAAAUUUUAAACUUUUUUUAAUACUCGAUGCUAAAACAUUCU